GAUUGGAAUAAGGUUUAGAAUAAUCGUGAAUGUGUUAAUAUUUGAGCAGAGAAAGAGAACUAUUUUCUAUGGUUGUUCGUCCGAAGAACGAGACGAGUAUCACAGAACAAUGAGGAGGGAGCUUUUCGAUUUGAUUGCUUUCUCCAAUGGCUACAUUCGGAUCAUCUUUGGGCUUGCCUUUCUGAGCUCUUCUUCAAUUUCUCAACUGGCUGCUUCCAUUCAUCAAUACCAAAACGAAUCCUUCAUCCAUCGUUCCAAUUCCUUCUUCUUCCAUGGCGGUAGUGAAGGUCUUUAUGCUUCUAAUUUCCACCCUCCUUCCUCCAAUUUCACCGAUUAUGCAGACAAAUCACUCCAUGGAAUGACCUUCAUCAGGUUUGAAUCGAUUACAUUUAGACGAACCAAAGAAUCUGCUCAACAAAAGAAUGAGAUGCAGCAAAAAACUGGGUUAAUUGAAGCUAUUAUUGUGGAAGUCAAAGACAGGAAAAAAAUUGGAGGGGCAUUUCUGAAUUCUGAUCUCAUAUGCUGCACCCAGAAGCUUGCUAAUAAUGGAUCUUGCAAGUUAGGAGAGGUUAUUAUUAAGCAGGAUUCAUAUGACCCUAAUGGACCAAGGAGAAUUCAAACUUUCUUUGAAGGGAUUAGUGAAGAAGCUAAUAUGGAGCCUAUUACAAUUGAACUCAAUAAAACUGGAAUGUAUUAUCUGUAUUUUAUGUUUUGUGAUCCACAACUCCAAGGUACAUUGAUCAGUGGAAGAACAGUUUGGAGAAACCCAGAUGGUUAUUUACCAGGAAAGAUGGCUCCAAUGGUAACAUUCUUUGGCUUUAUGUCUUUGUCUCACCUUAUUCUUGGUCUUGUCUGGUUUCUCUGGUUUGUAAGAUAUUGGAAGGAUGUAAUGCAAUUGCACUACCAUAUCACUUGUGUGAUAGGUUUAGGAAUGUGUGAAAUGGCCCUUUGGUAUUUUGAGUAUUCAAAUUUUAAUUCCUCUGGAAGUCGACCGAUGGGAAUAACCCUUUUGGCAGUUACGUUCAGUGCUAUUAAGAAGACUGUUUCUAGGCUGCUUCUUUUAGUUGUUUCAAUGGAAUAUGGGGUCGUGAGACCGAUCCUCGGCGGUAUAACCACGAGAGUUAUCCUUCUGGGUGUUGCAUACUUCUUGGCUUCUGAAGCACUUGAGGUUGUUGAGCAUUUGGGAAAUGUUAAUGACUUAUCUGGAAAAACAAGGUUCUUUCUGGUGUUGCCAGUUGCUGUAUUGGAUGCUUGCUUUAUCCUUUGGAUCUUUUCCUCUCUAUCAAAAACCCUGGAGAAGCUUCAGGUUAGAAAAAGCUUGGCCAAACUCGAGCUUUAUCGGAAGUUUACCAACUGCCUUGCCGUUUCGGUGUUGCUCUCUAUAGCUUGGAUUGGAUAUGAGUUUUAUUUCAAUGCAACCGACCCGUUAAGCGAGCUGUGGCGUAGAGCUUGGAUUAUUCCAGCCUUCUGGAUUUUGCAUUCUUUUGUUCUCUUGGUGAUUAUAUGUGUUCUUUGGGCUCCUUCUCAUAAUCCAGUAACCAGAUUCGCAUACUCGGAGGACACUGGGGAUGACGUCGACGAGGACGUCGUGGCUCUCACUGGAGCCGGAAUUAAGAUAGCUCCAGAUUUAUCCAACAAGCUUGAAAGGAAGGAAAGAAAGGCACCAUCUACUACUGCAGAUCUGCCUGUGUUUGGACAUGGAGGAGAUCUUGAGGAAGAUAAAAGAUUGUGAUGCUCUCUCUCUUUGUACAUUUUGUUUCAUUUCUCUUACUAAGCUGCUUAAAAUGGGAGCUGAAUGUCUCAGUUUCUGUUCUUCAAAGUUGUACAAUUACAUCCACCAUGGAGGGUAGUGAUGAAGAAAAUGAAGGUUUAUAACUCUCACAUCAACUAACUUCCAUUGGUGACUUGAGCAAAGCCUUGAAAAUAUUAUACAUUUUGUAGCUUCAAAGCUUUGAUAGAAUGGAAAUGGAAGAUGAAAGAAGCUGGUUGAUUUGAAAGUUGAUGAUCUUUUUCGGUUACUGUUUGUGAAAUGUAAACAAAUAUUGUAAUUUCUUGCUCUCAUACUCUACAAUGAUAUACAAAUAUAGACUUUUAAGUUUGA